AUGGAUCAGCAAUUUUUGGGUCAACUUGAGCAAACUUUGAGUUCGAUUGUACACCCCAACGCUAAUGACUUAAAGGAGGCUACGAAAUCUUUGCAAUCGCAGUUUUACAAGCAACCCUCGAGUCUGCCGGCUUUGAUUCAUAUCUUGCAGAACAGCUCCGAUGACGCUUUGAAGCAGCUUGCCGGUGUCGAAGCGAGAAAAUUGGUGUCCAAACAUUGGAAGUCUCUUGAAGGGUCGACCAAGGCUCAAAUCAAGCAAUCACUACUGCAAACUGCUUUCAGCGAGCCAAAGGAAAUUAUCCGUCACUCUAAUGCCCGUGUUAUUGCUGCCAUUGGUACCGAGGAGAUGGGGGAUAACCAGUGGCCGGAUCUGGUUCCAAACCUGAUCCAGGCUGCCUCCGGCGACGAUGCCCAAACAAGAUUGACGUCCUCUUUUAUCCUUUUUUCCUUGUUGGAAGAUUUCACACCUUCUCUAACCGCUUAUGUGGAUGAUUUCUUGGACUUGUUUAGCAAGACUAUCAACGAUAGCGCUUCUUUGGAGACAAGAUCAUUGGCAGCACAGGGUCUAAAUCAUGUGUCGGCAUUGAUUGAAGAGCAAGAGGAGAUUAACCCACAACAAGCUGCUAAAUUUGCCGCUUUGAUUCCAUCUGUGGUGAGUGUCUUGGACGAUGUCAUCAAAGCAGGCGAUUCCGUGAACUCUAAGUUGAUCUUCAACUGUUUAAAUGACUUUUUACUUUUGGAUUCUCAAUUAACCAACAAUACCAUUCCAGAGCUCAUCAAAUUGGCUAUUCAAAUUGCCGUUAAUACAAGCAUUGAUGAAGAUGUCAGAGUUUUUGCCGUCCAAUUCAUUAUUUCGGCUCUAUCAUACAGAAAGUCCAAGAUAUCGCAGGCUAAAUUAGGCCCAGAGAUCACCAUGGCGGCUCUGAAGGUUGCCUCAGAGGAGAUCGACGUCGAUGAAGAGCUAAACAACGAAGAUGAGGCUGCGGAAAACGAGGAAAACACUCCUUGUUUAACAGCAAUUAGACUUUUAGCCUUUGCUUCCUCCGAGCUGCCACCUUCUCAGGUCGCAUCCAUUAUUGUGGAGCAUUUGCCCACGAUGUUGCAAUCGUCCAACGCUUUUGAGAGAAGAGCCAUCCUUUUGGCUAUCUCCGUAGCAGUGACGGGUUCUCCUGAUUACAUUUUGUCGCAGUUCGAUAAGAUUAUUCCAGCAACGAUAACGGGGCUGAAGGACAACGAGCCAAUCGUCAAGUUGGCUGCCUUGAAGUGCAUUCAUCAUUUGACAACUGACCUACAAGAUGAAGUUGCUAAAUUCCAUGACGAGUACUUGCCUCUCAUUAUUGAAAUCAUCGAUACUGCUAAAUACGUGGUCAUUUACAACUACGCUACAGUUGCUUUGGACGGUUUGUUGGAAUUCAUUGCGUAUGAAGCAAUCUCGAAGUACUUAGAGCCUUUGAUGAAUAAGCUUUUCUACAUGUUGGAAAGCAAUAAGUCUUCAAAGUUGAGAUGUGCUGUUGUCUCUGCUAUAGGUUCAGCGGCUUUCGCAGCUGGUGCAGCUUUCAUACCUUACUUCAAGACUAGCGUUCAAUAUUUGAGCCAGUUUAUCGAAAACUGUUCGCAAAUUGAAGGCAUGAGUGAAGAUGAUAUUGAGUUGCGUGCCCUUACUUUCGAAAAUAUCUCUACCAUGGCAAGGGCGGUCAGAUCUGAGGCUUUUGCCGAGUACGCUGAGCCUUUGGUCAAUUCUGCCUAUGAAGCAAUUAAGACAGAAUCAGCAAGAUUAAGAGAGUCCGGUUACGCAUUCAUUGCAAACUUGGCCAAGGUUUAUGGGGAAAAUUUCUCUCCAUUCUUGAAGACAAUUCUACCGGAAAUCUUCAAGACAUUACAACUUGACGAAUAUCAGUUUAACUUUGAUGGAGAUGCUGAAGAGUCGGCAGCUUUUGCCGAUGAUGCUACUGAGGAAGACUUACAGAAUAAAUUCACUGUUAACACAGGUAUCUCAUACGAGAAGGAAGUCGCAGCUGCUGCUCUGUCUGAAUUGGCACUGGGAACUAAGGAACACUUCUUACCGUAUGUGGAGGAAUCUUUGAAGGUGUUAACUGAACAAGUUGAAGAGUCAUACGGUUUGAAAGAGACUGCGCUCAACACCGUUUGGAAUAUUGUAAAAGCCGUUCUACUGGCCUCCAAAUUUGUUCCAGAAUCGUAUCCUAAAGGAAUUCCAUCUGGUUCUUAUGUUGAACCAAACGUUUUGGCAGUCAUUCAGACAGCUAGAGAUAUUACAUUGAACGAUCUUGCUGAUGAGUUCGAAACAUCAAUGGUUAUCACAGUCAUGGAGGAUCUGGCCAAUAUGAUCAAACAAUUCGGCAGCAUUAUCGUUAUGGACAACGGAAACUCGACUCUUUUAGAAACACUUUGCGUUCAGGUCAUGAAUGUAUUGAAGGGUGACCAUACGUGUCAAACCAUCGACUUGGAAGAAGAUGCUCCAAAGGAUGAGGAAUUGGACGCUUCAGAAACAGAGGCAACCUUGCAGGACGUCGCUCUAGAGGUUCUAGUCAGCCUGUCUCACGCGCUGGAAGGAGACUUUGCCAAGAUCUUCGAGAACUUCAAGCCAGUGGUCUUUUCUCUCUUUGAAUCCAAGUCGAAGAAUAAGAGGUCCUCUGCUGUCGGCGCCGCUUCUGAGAUUGCCCUUGGCAUGAAAAACCACAACCCUUUCAUUCACGAGAUGUUGGAGGCCCUUAUCAUGAGACUGACAACUGACAAGUCCUUAGAGGUUAGAGGCAAUGCUGCUUAUGGUGUUGGUGUGCUUUGUGAGUACGCCAAUUUCGACGUUUCUGCCAUCUACGAACCUGUCUUGAAGGCGAUGUAUGAACUGUUGACCGCUGCCGACCAAAAAGCUUUGGCUGCUGAAGACGAUGAAGCUACCAGAGAGGUUAUUGACAGGGCUUUAGCCAAUGCCAGCGGUUGUGCUGCGAGAAUGACAUUAAAACACGAGAACUUCGUGCCAUUAGAGCAAACUCUCCCAGCCCUGCUGGCUCAUCUGCCAUUGAACACUGGCUUCGAAGAGUACAACUCAAUUUUCGAGUUGAUCAUCAAACUAUACCAAAACAACAAUAAUGUCAUUGCUGGGUUCACGCCAAAGGUCGUCGACUUGUUCAGCGCUGUCUUUACUAAGGAAAACGAGAGGAUAAAGCUUGAAGAAGAGUCGACAUUGGGCAGAGAAGAAAACAUGGAGAGGUUGAAACAGUUUCAGAGCGAUGAGAUGAGACACAAGGUCAUCUCCUUGUUGAAGUAUUUGAAUGAGUCCUACGAUGGGAUUGUCGCUCAAAACCCGGUGUUGGCUCAAGUAAUCGCUUGA